AUGCGCCGCCGGCCACCGCAUGGAGUUCGACGACGCCUACCUCCGGGCGAUCGGCACACUCCCUCCUCUUCCGACUGUCCACCUCGCUCCCACCCACCUCGACCGCGCCGGCGCACUCGAAGAUUCCGAGGAACUCCCGGCGACGCUGUAUGCCGCCGCACUCGAUGCCCAUCUUUUUCUCACCCGCCGUUCUUGGUGCCCUUGCCGUCCCUGCUUCCGGACCGCGUCGUCCCGGACUCCAAGAACACGGCGGCACGCCCGCAUCUGUCCGGCUUCGGAUUCGCUCCCACGCCCGUCGAUCACGCCGCCGCAAUCGAAUGUUCCGUGGAGCUCCCGGCGACGUGCGAGCUGUACGCCGCCGCACUCGACGCCCAUCUUUUUCACCCAUCCUUCGAGGUGCCCGCACCGUCCCUGCUCCCGGACCGCGUCGUCCCGGACUGCAAGAACUCGGCCACGCGCCCGCGGCUCUCCGACUACGACAUUGACAUCGACUUCAACCUCCGGGAGAUGGAGAAGAACGUCGAGGAGCGGCCUUUGCCGGACUACCUGAAGACGGUGCAGGGGGGUCGGAUGAGCCCAUCGAUGCGUGCCACCCUCAUCUUCUGGAUGGACGACUUCACCCGGCACUACGACCUGGCCCCUGGCACGCUUCACCGUGCCGUCUCCUACGUCGACCGCGUCCUGUCGGCGCGAACCUUGUCUACGGCUCGCAUGGACAUGGAGUAUGAGCUCCGUCUCCUGGGCGCCACGGCCGUCUUCACCGCCGCCAAAUACGAGGAGCGGGGCACCAGAUUCAAGGUGAACGCCGCGAAAAUUGCCGACGACUGUGGGUUCGCCACGAGCAAGGAGGUGACCGACAUGGAGUGCAACAUGUUUGCGGCACUCCGGUACGAGCUCAGCGGACCAACGGCCUACACCUUCGUGGACCACUUCACCAGGUACAGCAAAGGAGAGAGCGACCUGGAGGUUCAGAAGUUGGCGCAUCAGCUCGCCGAAACAUCGCUGGUCGACUACAGAUGCCUGCAGCUCCUGCCGUCCGCCGUGGCGGCGUCGGCGGUCUUUCUCGCCAGGCUGAUCUUGAAUCCAACGGCCAGCCAGGUGCAGAAGUGGAACAGAGAAUUCACGGAGCUGACAGGGUACAAGCCCACGGACCUCAUCCUUGGCAUUCAGUCCUUGUACAUGAUGAAUCCCGAUCCUCGCUUCGUGGUCUUGCCAGAGUUCUUGUAAGAAUGAAAUGGAAGAUUUAGGCUGUCAUUGCCAGCUCAGUUCUUUAGUUCGGGAAAGUUACAUCGGUGUCAACAUAUACACAGAUAUGUAUGUGGUAUUUGGCCGUGUUCCCUUGCCGAAGAUGUUGUUGUUGAAGAACCCCAUUCUCGUUGAGGUGGUCAAAAGAUGGUUGAUGCAGAUAUGCUCGUUGUUGUAGUUCGAUCGUUGUUUUGAUCCCUGGUUUUUCUUUUUUUUCGCGAAGGCAUAGCUUUGGUCUUAUAUGACUUCGCUUGUGUUUUUUAUGUUUAUGCUUUGUUGGUUGUUUACAUCAUAAUUAUGCAGAGACUGAGUGUGUGUUCAUUGUAUUUGUA